GGGGCGGGGCUGCGGCCGUGUGGCUGACUGGCAGCCCGGGCGGUGGGCGCAGUGCGAUGGCCGGGGCGGAGGGACUCACGGCCGAAGUAAGCUGGAAGGUCUUGGAGCGACGGGCCCGGGCCAAGCGCUCAGUUUAAAAUCGGUGUAGUUUAGCCUGCAACGCUUAUGAUAAGAAUCAAGUUGAAAUGGCCCACUCACCUGAUGCAGCCUUCUCUUCACCUGCUUUGUUAAGGUCUGGCUCUGUUUAUGAACCUCUUAAAAGCAUUAAUCUUCCAAGACCUGAUAAUGAAACUCUGUGGGAUAAAUUGGAUCAUUAUUACAGAAUUGUCAAGUCAACAAUGCUGAUGUAUCAAAGUCCAACUACCGGUCUCUUUCCUACUAAAACAUGUGGUGGAGAUCAGAAGUCCAAAGUCCAUGAGAGCCUGUACUGUGCUGCCGGCGCCUGGGCUUUGGCUCUAGCAUACAGGCGCAUUGAUGAUGACAAGGGAAGGACCCAUGAGCUGGAGCACUCUGCUAUAAAAUGUAUGAGAGGAAUUCUCUACUGCUAUAUGCGUCAGGCUGAUAAGGUCCAGCAGUUUAAGCAAGAUCCACGGCCCACAACGUGUCUUCACUCCAUUUUCAGUGUGCACACAGGAGAUGAGUUGCUCGCCUAUGAAGAAUAUGGCCAUCUUCAGAUAAAUGCAGUGUCACUUUUUCUCCUUUACCUGGUAGAAAUGAUUUCUUCAGGUCUCCAGAUAAUCUAUAACACGGAUGAGGUCUCUUUUAUCCAAAACCUUGUAUUUUGUGUAGAAAGAGUUUACCGUGUUCCUGAUUUUGGUGUCUGGGAAAGAGGAAGCAAAUACAACAAUGGCAGCACAGAACUACACUCAAGCUCUGUUGGUUUAGCAAAAGCAGCCUUAGAAGCGAUUAAUGGAUUUAACCUCUUUGGAAACCAGGGCUGUUCUUGGUCAGUUAUAUUUGUGGAUCUCGACGCUCACAAUCGCAACAGGCAGACACUGUGCUCACUGUUACCCAGAGAAUCACGCUCUCAUAACACAGACGCUGCCCUGAUCCCAUGCAUCAGUUACCCUGCGUUUGCCUUGGAUGAUGAAGUUCUGUUCAGUCAGACACUUGAUAAAGUGGUCAGAAAAUUAAAAGGAAAAUAUGGAUUUAAGCGUUUCUUGAGAGACGGAUAUAGAACAUCAUUGGAAGAUCCCAACAGACGCUAUUACAAACCAGCUGAAAUUAAGCUGUUUGAUGGCAUUGAAUGUGAAUUUCCCAUAUUUUUCCUUUACAUGAUGAUUGAUGGUGUUUUUAGAGGCAAUCCCCAACAAGUCAAAGAAUAUCAGGACCUUUUGACUCCUUUGCUUCACCACACCACAGAAGGAUAUCCUGUUGUACCAAAGUACUAUUAUGUGCCAGCUGACUUUGUAGAGUAUGAAAAGAGAAACCCUGGUAGUCAGAAACGGUUUCCUAGUAACUGUGGCCGUGAUGGGAAAUUGUUUCUUUGGGGACAAGCUCUUUAUAUCAUUGCGAAACUCCUAGCUGAUGAGUUAAUCAGUCCUAAAGACAUUGACCCUGUCCAGCGCUUUGUCCCACUCCAGAAUCAACGUAAUGUGAGCAUGCGAUACUCCAAUCAGGGUCCACUGGAAAACGACUUGGUGGUUCAUGUAGCACUUGUAGCAGAAAGCCAGCGCCUUCAAGUUUUUCUCAAUACAUACGGUAUUCAAACUCAAACACCUCAGCAGGUGGAGCCUAUUCAGAUCUGGCCCCAGCAGGAGCUUGUGAAAGCUUAUUUCCAUCUGGGUAUCAAUGAAAAGCUAGGGCUGUCUGGAAGGCCAGAUAGGCCCAUUGGCUGCCUUGGUACAUCAAAGAUCUACCGCAUCCUAGGAAAGACGGUGGUUUGUUACCCCAUCAUCUUUGACCUGAGUGACUUCUACAUGUCUCAGGAUGUUCUGCUGCUGAUCGAUGACAUAAAGAACGCGCUACAGUUCAUUAAGCAAUACUGGAAAAUGCAUGGCCGCCCACUUUUCCUUGUUCUCAUCCGGGAAGACAACAUAAGGGGUAGCAGGUUCAACCCCAUAUUAGACAUGCUGGCAGCCUUUAAAAAGGGAGUAAUUGGAGGAGUCAAAGUUCAUGUUGAUCGUCUGCAGACAUUGAUAUCUGGAGCUGUGGUAGAGCAGCUUGACUUUCUACGCAUUAGUGACACAGAAAAACUUCCAGAGUUUAAGAGCUUUGAAGAACUAGAAUUUCCCAAGCAUUCAAAAGUCAAACGGCAGAGCAGUACUGUAGAUGCUCCUGAGCUGAAACAGGAACCGGAUGUCACCAUCACCGAGUGGAGAAACAGACCCACCCAUGACAUCCUCCAGAGGCUGAAUGGCUGCAAUUGUCUGGCUGGUCAGACCAUCCUGCUGGGUAUACUGCUCAAAAGAGAGGGCCCUGACUUCAUCACAAUGGAAGGAACUGUGUCUGAUCACAUUGAGAGAGUGUACAGAAGAUCUGGCAGCAAAAAGCUUUGGUCGGUUGUACGCCGUGCAGCAAGUCUUUUAAGUAAAGUAGUGGACAGCCUGGCCCCAUCCAUUACUAAUGUUUUAGUGCAGGGUAAACAGGUAACUUUGGGUGCCUUUGGACAUGAAGAGGAGGUCAUCUCUAACCCUUUGUCUCCAGGAGUGAUUAAGAACAUCAUUUAUUAUAAGUGUAAUACCCACGAUGAAAGGGAAGCAGUCAUUCAGCAAGAACUGGUCAUCCAUAUCGGCUGGAUCAUCUCCAAUAGCCCUGAGUUGUUCAGUGGCAUGCUGAAAAUACGAAUUGGGUGGAUCAUCCAUGCCAUGGAAUAUGAGCUACAGAUCCGGGGUGGAGAUCAACCGACCAUGGACUUGUAUCAACUCUCACCCAGCGAAGUUAAACAACUGCUGCUAGACAUUCUCCAGCCUCAGCAGAGCGGAAGAUCUUGGCUGGAUAGGCGUCAGAUUGAUGGGUCCUUGAACAGAACUCCUCCUGGGUUCUACGACCGGGUGUGGCAGAUCCUGGAGCGCACCCCCAAUGGUAUCGUCGUAGCCGGGAAGCAUUUGCCACAGCAACCAACCUUGUCGGAUAUGACCAUGUAUGAGAUGAAUUUUUCCCUCCUUGUUGAAGACAUGUUGGGAAAUGUUGACCAGCCAAAGUACAGACAGAUCAUUGUAGAGCUACUAAUGGUCGUGUCCAUUGUGCUGGAAAGAAACCCUGAACUAGAAUUUCAAGACAAGGUGGAUUUAGACAGACUGGUCAAAGAAGCAUUUCACGAGUUCCAAAAGGAUGAGAGUCGGCUGAAAGAAAUAGAGAAACAAGAUGAUAUGACCUCCUUCUACAACACGCCCCCACUGGGAAAACGAGGAACCUGCAGCUAUCUGAUGAAGGUUGUGAUGAACUUGCUGCUGGAAGGAGAAGUCAAGCCAAGCAAUGGGGACUCGUGUCUGGUUAGCUAGCCAGGGGGGUGUAGGAAGCAUAGGUGAUAGCUUUCCUGCUGUGCCUUUUGUGUUGAAGCUAAUCCAGGCAGCCAGCAAUGGGCGAACUGAUGUGCUAGUGAGGUAGAUGUUGUAUUCUGUUUGCCUUCAUUAGACCUUUGCAUGCCAGCGGCAGUUGAAUGGUAAGCAGUGAUUGGAAUCAAGUGAAACCCCAGUUUUCAUAAUUUGUGCCAGCUACCGUAAUCUUCACUGAACCAUAGAAGUAGUUUGGGAAUCAAAAAUUCACUGCUACAUGUUCCAGCAUCCUGCUUCUUUAGACCAAAUUUUUGCCUUUCGGCCAUUAAAAACAAACUUGGCAGUUGGCAAUGCUUUACUGGACUUAGGAGGUGCUAUGAGGUUGUAGCACCAUUGUGCUGAAAAAGCAAGAUCAGCAGUACACAUCGAAAAAAACAAAACUAACCCCUGAUAUUUAACCUCAGAAGCUUCAUUAUUAAUAAUGCCGUACAAAACUCUUAGUUCUUAUCCUGGAAACAUGACUAUGGUUUGGGACUGUGCUAAGUUUAAGGGCUGGUCUAAGCAUUUUCUGAGCAUCUGAUAAAUAUAGGAUUACAGAAGUGUUCAGAAGUGUAUUAACUGCACUCAUAUAUACGUACCACAUACAGGUGCAUACACCUACACAUAAUUAACAAAUAAUAAUAAGUAUUAAAAGGUCUUAUGUAGUUAAAUUUGUAAAAGAGAAGUUGAAAGUCAAAAAAAUCUGUUUCUGAACUAACAAAUUGUCUGGAAACAUUCUUUGUUCAAGUUUACAAUACUGAACUUAAUAACCCUGAAUGUUGUCAUUUAAUUGAUUUGGACAUGGAAUUAGCUGCCAAAUUUACGUAAGCAAGUAGAUUAAAUAUUUAAAUCUUAUUAAUGUAUUUCCUUCCUUGAUGUCACAUGUGACCCACUUUCUUGGGCUCUGGUCCCAACAAGCAUGAUUUUUCUGACCAGUCUUACUGAGUUUCACCUAAGACAUCAGGUUUGUUGCAUAAAAUUUGUAGCCCAGUGUUAGAGUCUGAAAGGGAUAAGUGGCUUUUCCAGGUUACAAGUCAACUGAUACCAAGUAAAUGGAUGUGUGAACACCUGAAGAAAUGCAGCCCAACACUACUCUGACCGGUUCGAGGUAUGACUGGCUCCUAGAUCAUGUAUAGGACACUAUGUGUGUCAGUCAGCAAAGCUGGGAAUAAUGGCACAAUCCAGCCUUGCAAGCUAGACAAAGAAGAGAAAUAGAUUACCUGACUCAGUGUGUGAAGAGAAGUUAUGAAAAGAUGGUCCAGAGGAAGCCACUUACAAAACUUAAGACUGAAAAGCAUAGUCAUGAAGCCCAUGGAGAGAGAAUAAGUUCUGAUGACUGAUGUGUAGGGAAGAGAAAUUAAAGAAUGGCAGAGAGGAAAAGCCCUUGAAAUUUUUAAUACUUGUUAAAAUUCAGAAGGAAGUAAACACUUGUAUCCUUAAGAAUUAAAUCUUUUGAUUAGCUCAGAAAAAUUGCAAAAAAACUGCUCUUAGUUGAAAUAGACAUCACUUGCAAGUCUGCUUUCUGAAUGAGCACUUAGCUUCCUGUGACAUGUGCUAAAUUUUGACAUUUUCUUCUGCUGCUCAAAAGAACUGUGUAUCAACUUUUUAAAAUAUGAAGUACAAAAUUUAUUGUUCUGCAAGAUAUUUGGGGAGGAUCAAUAAAUCUUGAUGUCCUCUAUCAGAAGCAAUGUCUGCUUUCUAAUUAGAAAAGCAAAAUAAUCUUAAGAAUCAGAAUGCAGAACUCAUGAAAUUUACAAGUUCCAUUUGAUCUACAGAGCCCACAUGUUUUAGCAGCUGUGCUAGAGACUGACUAAAAUAUUAGCACGUGUACUGAGGCAUGACAAGCCUUAAACCUGAUUUAAAGCCCCUCUGUCACACUGGCACGUUCUCUGUGUUAAGUUUAUUGUACAAUCAACGUCUGUCGGAAACUCCUGACUGCAUAUCAAAUUCAACUGCAUUUCCAGAGCAUUGUUAGAAGUAUGGUGUCUUCCAGACUGCCUUCCAUUUUAUUUAAGACUUUAAAAAAAUGGUAUUUCAGCCUUUAAAAUCAAGAUAUGAGCUUAUCUUGAUAUCAUCCUCGAUAAGCUUUCAAUGCUUCAUAAGUACCAAUAAACAUUUGUUGAAUAUCUGAAUAAUUGAACUUUUUACCCAAAUCUUAAAGAAUAUAUUUGGAUACAUUGCUAAGCCCUCCAUGAACACGAACAUUAAAUAGAUGUCAUAUAAAGUCUAAGAGGCAGCACAGUGUGGAAACAGCAUCAGAGAUGCACCCCAUUCAUACUAAGGAGAGGCUGGAAGCAGCAUAAUAGUAUGCAGCGAGACUGUUAGAGCCCUGUCUCAGAAACUACACGUGUGAGUGAGAAACGAGGGAGGCUAGAUUUAUAGAACAGCAGCCACAGCCUUCACACGAGGGGACAGGCACCACAUAAACUUAGAAAAGCAGCAAAGAGACGAAAGAACUGCAGGAAUUUGUCUAGGGCCCUCAUAUUCUGGCCUUUCAGAAGCUGAAUGGGUCUGUGGGUAAAUUGUGAAAAAGUCUAAUACAUUCGGAGGUUCAGAUGAGGGUAGGGUCAGCAUCAGGAAGUAAGAAAGGAAAAUGUUCUCCAGAGUGAAAACUCUUCUCCAAGCCCAUGUUCCAGCAUCCAUCAUAUGCUCCAAAAAAGCCAGUGCCAGCCCCUAGGUUAGGAAGGAGCCCUUUCUAAAUAACCCAGUUAUGGACCCCAAAAGCAUGAUUCUUUGGACAAGUACAACUCAAGGACAUACAGCUCAGAAUGAACUGGAUUUCAGCCCCUUUGACCAUCACAGUUUUUCCCAAGCAAAGGGAACCCACUGAGAGUGGGCAUUUUGACUUUUCAACUGAGAGGGGGGCAGACGAGGAGCAGGGGUGACCAUGAUUCCUCCAAAGGUAUAGCUUCUGCUGUAGAUAGUGGGAGCUGGUACCCCCGACCUGACCUGUGUUUUGUUCCUUGCAAGGGUUAGACUUAUGACCGGAUGUGGCUGCGUUUGAUGACCACACUCUCCCCUACCCUCGUUUCUUUAUUUUUCCCUGUAAUGUUAUUUGAAACUGUCGGUUCUGCAUUCUCUCUGCUUUGGUUAUUAAACAAAAAGAGACGAGCCUGUCUAGAUGAGAA